AUGGGCUCCCUUCUCUCGAAAAUCUUCUUCUCUCAAAUCAUCGGUUAUAAACAUUCGAAAAUUUUAAUUCUGGGACUCGAUCAUGCUGGUAAAACAGCAACUUUAUAUAAAAUUGGUUUGAAUGAGAAUGUCACCACUGUUCCAACAAUUGGAUUCAAUUCGGAAAUGAUACAAUACAACAAUGUCAAAAUGUUGAUUUUCGAUUUGGGAGGACAAGAAAAAGUUCGAUCCUUGUGGCAACAUUAUUUUGAAAAUACGGAUGCUAUUAUAUUUGUGGUGGACUCUGCAGAUCGAGAAAGAAUGCAGGAAGCACGAGAAACGCUGCAUGAAAUACUAACGAAUUCAAAUUUGGAAAAGUGA